AUGCAUUACAAUUUUGUAGAGAUUCUUAUGACUCUUACAGAAAAAAUUAAAAAAAAAAAUAUGCAGGAAAAUGCAACAUCAAAAGACGAAGUUAGAGAAAUUGAAAAUAAGAAUCAAGUGCAAAAAAAGCUAGGUGAAAAGCAAGAGGAUAAUUCAACAAUUAUUAAUAAUCCAACAAUUAUUGAAAGUGCAAAAGAGGCCGUCGUUCCUACGUUUCAAGCUUCAGGUGAUGAGGAAACAAAAGCAGCUGCAUCAACAAUUGGCAGUGGCACUUUAGUGGCUGGUUCUACUUCUCCAACGUCUUCACUUGCUCAGCCUACGGAGAAAAUUGGUGAAGCAAGUGGUAAUGAGGCAAUGAGAGAAAAAGGAAAAGAAAUUGAAAAUAACUUUGAUGAAAAGCAGGAGAACGAUUCAACAAUAAGUAAUAAUCCAAUACUUAUAGAAACAAAAGAAGCAGUAUCAAUUGGUGGUGACAGAGCUUUAGCAGCCGGUUCUCUUUUUUCUUCACCGACUCUAUUUUCUCAGUACAUAAUGAUGUUGUAG